AUGUCUUCCGAACAAGUUCCAGCCUCGGCAUGGAAUCCAGUCAUAGACGAGAUCCGUUGGGUCAUACAAAUCCGCCGACACCUCGAUGAAGAAGAGGAUGAGGAAACAGGCCGCCCUGUCUGCAUCUUCAACGUCCCAAAAAUCAUAAUCGCCAACAAACCCGACGCCUACAUACCCCAACAAAUCGCACUGGGCCCGUACCACCACUGGCGGUCAGAGCUCUAUGAAAUGGAGCGGUACAAGGUCUGCGCUGCUAAAAGAAUCCAGAAACAGCUCAAAACCCUCCAAUUCCAAAACCUCGUCGAUCGGUUCGUGAAGCUCGAGCCUCGGAUCAGGUCGUGUUACCAUCGCUACCUCGACUUCAGUGGAGAAACCCUAGCAUGGAUGAUGGCCAUCGAUGCGUCUUUCUUACUCGAAUUCUUACAGAUCUUCACUGCCAAAGAUGGUAAGGUCUUAGAAAGAGUAUCAUCGAGAAUGUCGCAUUUGGUCGAUUACGAGGGAAGGAGAUCCGCCCAUAACGCAAUCCUCCGAGAUAUAAUGAUGCUUGAAAACCAAAUCCCUCUCUUCCUCUUAAGAAAGAUGUUAGAUUCUCAGCGCCCUUCGACCCAAGAAGCUGACGAAGAACUAUCAUCGAUCUUGAUGGGGCUCUGCAAGGAGCUCUCCCCGUUUAAGAUGAUGCAGAACCUACCACACAUCCAUGUCAAGGAGCGCGCGCACUUGCUCGAGAUCCUUUUCUACGUGCUCAUCCCAAAACUCGAACUAACGAACGACAUCAACGAAUCCGAAGAAGUAACAAUCGAAGUCACCAUUAAAGAAUCAUAUGGCAACGCAGGCCAUGUCCGGCAGCUCCUCAACAUGAUAUGGGGUUUCAUGUCGUCUCUCAAGCGUGGACCCGUCCGUUACGUUAAGCAAGCUCUCGUGUCCAGACCUGUCAAGUUAGUAUUGAAACUCCCAUGGAAGAUUAUCACAAAAGUCCCUGGAUUGUCGAUGUUAAAACAACCCAUCGAGCAUUUGUUCUCAUCAUCCCAGGAUAAGGAAGAUGCCAAACCUGAAGAUGAAAAUCCAACCGACAACAGCAACCGACCCCCUUCUGUCGAAGAAAUCACCAUUCCUUCAGUGACCGAGCUUAUCGACAACGGCGUAAGAUUCUCAGCCACCAAUGGAGAUUUAUCAACCAUCAGCUUCGAUCCCAAGACAGCUACUUUCUAUCUCCCAACCGUUACGCUGGACGUCCACACGGAGGUCAUACUACGGAAUUUAGUCGCAUACGAGUCAUCGAUUGCAAUUGGGCCGUUGAUUUUUACACGGUACACAGAACUGAUGAAUGGGAUUAUAGACACGGAAGAGGACGUGAAAAUGCUGAGAAAUUUGGGGAUUAUCGUGAAUUGUCUGAAGAGCGAUGGAGAAGUAGCGAGUCUGUGGAAUGGGAUGAACAAAUCAAUGAAAUUGACCAAAGUGCCAUCUCUAGACAAGGUGAUUGAAGAUGUGAACAAGUAUUAUAGCAGUAGAUGGAAGGUCAAAGUUGGAAAGUUCAUGAAGAAGUACGUGUUUGGGUCGUGGCAGCUUCUAACAUUUCUGGCUGCUAUUUUGCUGCUGCUGAUGACGGCUAUGCAGUCAUUCUGCUCGGUCUAUACAUGUGCUCGUUGGUUCAAUCUUAAAACCUUAGAGUGA